AUGUCCUACGGCCACACCACAAACCCACGCCAUUGUGCAACCAACACCACCACCAACACCACCACCAACACCCCAACCAACCCUACCAACCCACCCCGCCCCACAAAUCUCCAGAUGAUUCGCAUAAGCGACCGACGGCAAGCCUUCUCGUGA